CGCAAUUUUAGCACAAAACAUUAUUGAGAUUAACUAGAGUAAAGGCAUUCCAAAAUAAUUGUUUGUAAUACAUUGUAGCACUUUUUUGUAUGAUUCUGUAUUAUAAUAUUCUUUAUUAAUUUUCAACAACAAAAUGGAAGGCGCACGCGAAGAGAGUCACUUUGUCGUGGAUGAUGUAAGCAAAAUUAUAAAAGAAGCUAUAGAAAACACCAUCGGCGGUAAUGCGUACCAACAUGAUAAGGUAAACAAUUGGACUGGCCAAGUGGUAGAAAAUUGUCUCAGUGUUUUGACCAAGGAACAAAAGCCAUAUAAAUACAUCGUAACAUCGAUGAUUAUGCAGAAGAACGGCGCUGGCUUACAUACGGCAAGCUCCUGUUUUUGGAAUAACGAUACUGACGGCAGUUGCACUGUACGCUGGGAAAAUAAAACAAUGUAUUGCAUUGUUUCAGUUUUCGGUUUGGCUGUCUAAAGUUUCCAAUACAAUAAAUACAUAUUCAACAGAACAACGGGGAGGGAUGGCGAGACUAUAGGUAUAUCGGUUAGAAUGUUUAAAAUUAAUUGAAGAUUUGAGUUUUAUUUUCGUACUUCUUAUUUAAAAAAUAUUAUGAAAAGUUUACAAUAUAUUGUUUUUAAGUAAAUUGAAAUUGUUACUAAAGUAUUUUUUUUAAUGUUUUCAUUUGAAUUUAUUAUUAUCUCGUUUUUUUGCUAUAUGAAAUUUUGGUUAAUAAUAUAUUUUGUAUUUUCAAUGUUAUAAAUCUCGACGUAAAGCGUUUUAAAUACUAAAUUUGCGGUUUAGUUAAAGCUCUAAAUGAAUAAAUGUUAAAUAAAGUAUGAAUAAAUUGAAAUGUAUUUUUGUAACUAAAUAAUUAGUCAAGAUAUCAAGCUUAUUUAACAAUUAAUUAAACAAUAACUACAUUCUAUAGCUUACUAAAUUUAAAUCAAUAAAGUAAUUAACAUA